AUGAACUCAUUAUUAUCCUAUCAUUACCCUCUUCCACAACAACAAUCAUCACAACCUAAUAAUGGAUCUGAUCCUAGUGGAAAUGCUUCCGCAAACUUAAGCGGCGGUGCUUACAAUUCCACUUCGACCUCAAAUUCACCAUUUAUUAAUAAUACUAAUAAUACUAAAUUACCUUCGAUUCAUUCAUUAGCUUUACCAACUAAUGUCCCAACUAUACCUACCAAUCAUCAUAUUCAACAAUCAUCAGCAGUUAUGUUACCUCCUUUAUUAGCAGCAGGUAGAACCGGUACUUCUCCUAUAAAUUCUUCAUUAUCAUAUUCGCCAUCAUACACGACCAGCAAUAAUUCUAAUAAUAGUACGACCACUACAACUGCAAAUGGUAUUAAUACAAGUUCUAUUAGUCCAAUAAGUUCACCAAAUUAUUAUCAAGAAAGUUAUAGAUCUUCAUUUGUUGAUCAAAUCCAAACUCAACAUCCUCAACCACAGUCUCACCCUCAACUACAAAGAUCAUCUAUUCUGGUUAUUCCACCUAACCAAGUUGCAAGUCCAUUAUCUUCAAGUAAUUCUACUAUUUCAUCCAAUGAUGAAUCAGAUAGUAAUACUGAAUCAGUCACAUCAUCAUCCACAACUUCGUCGAUUAAUGGAGGAGUUAAUAAAAAAUGGAAACCAAGAAAGAAGAGACAAUGCCCUGAAUGUAAAUUAUACUUUUCAAAUUUAGCCACUCAUAAAUCAACUCAUUUAAAACCGACUUCGAGACCUCAUAUUUGUAAAUAUUGUAAUCGAGGAUUUGCUAGAUCAAAUGAUCUUUUCCGUCAUGUUAAAUGUCAUUGGAAAGAAAUUGGUAGUGAUAAAGGUCAAUUCAAAUGUCCAUUUAAACAAAUGGAAGAUCCAUCUACAUCAGAAGUUAAGGUCGAGCAUGAACAUUCUCAUCAUGAAGAAAUCGAAGAUAGAGGUGUCAGUGUUGAUGAUAAUUGUUGUCAUCAAACUGGUAUUUUCUCAAGAUGUGAUACUUUUAAGAAUCAUUUAAAGGCCAUUCAUUUCCAAUAUCCUAAUGGAACUAAAAAGGAUCAAAGAACUAAAGUGGCAGGGAAAUGUAGAAUGUGUCAAAUUGAAUUCAAGAAUGUUGAUGAUUGGUUAUCGAAUCAUAUUGAAAAGAAUCAAUGUCCUUAUGCUGUUAAUGUAUUAUCAAAAGAGUAA